AAGUUGUGAUUAGCACGUGUAAAUGUAUAUAUGAAUUUCAAAUUGUGGUUAAUAUUGAUUAAAAACAAAUAGAAGUAUUUAAGAGGUUAUUCAUAAAUAAAAUAUGAUAACUCUAGUUUAAAUAUUCAUUAACGAAAUUUAAAAAUAAGCUAAUUAGUUUUAAAAUUAAAAAAUGUCGAAAACCGCAAGUAAAAUUUACGUUCCAAAUCGAGCUCUAGGUUAUGUUAGUAACCAUCUACCCGUACAAGUACGAUACAUUCAACGACGUAAAGAAAAUUUAAUAGUAACAUGUGUUGGAAAAUCAUUUCACACAUAUGGAAUAUCACAUUUUUCGUUGCUCAGCGUUGGAGGAUUGCAUGAAUCCGAUAUCACAGCCAUCACAUCUGAUGCAUAUCAUGUUUAUACAGCAUGUGAGAAUGUUAUAUACGCUUGGAGACGAGGCACCGAGCUGAAACAUUGUUAUAAACGACACACGGCUAAAAUACAUUUAAUGAUACCAUUCGGACCACAUUUGAUAUCAGUCGACGAGAAUAGUAUCGUCAAAAUAUGGGAUAUUAAAACAGAAGAAUUAUUUUUAGAAUUAACGUUUCGUAACGAUGAUUUUAAAAUAUCAGCGAUAAUUCAUCCCAAUACGUACAUUAAUAAAAUACUUCUGGGAAGUGAACAGGGUUAUAUGCAACUUUGGAAUAUAAAUACUUGUAAAUUGAUUUAUACAUUUAAAGGAUGGCAUUCGGCGAUUACAUGUUUGGAGCAAGCGCCUGCUAUUGAUGUCAUUGCAGUAGGAUUGACAAAUGGCAAAAUUAUUUUGCACAACUUAAAAGUGGAUCAAACGAUUAUGGAAUUUGUUCAAGAUUGGGGUUUUGUUACAACAAUUUCAUUUCGUACGGACGGCGAACCUAUUAUGGCUACUGGUAGUUUAAAUGGUCAUAUUGUUUUUUGGAAUUUGGAGGAACGUAGAGUUUCAAAUCAGCUAACACUUGCACAUGAUGGAGCAAUUACCGGAAUGCGAUGUCUGCCAAACGAACCAUUAAUGGUUACAUCAUCUCCCGAUAAUACACUAAAAUUAUGGAUAUUUGAUAUGCCUGAUGGAGGACCCCGAUUACUACGUAUCCGUGAAGGCCAUAGCGCACCACCAUCUUUUAUACGUUUCCAUGGUGCUAAUGGCCAUAAUAUUUUAAGUGCUGGAGCUGAUUCAACUUUACGAAUAUUUAAUACACAAACCGAACAGUUUAAUAAAAGUUUAGGCAAAGCAUCAUAUAAUCGGAAAGCUACAAAACGAAGAGGUCGAACUAAAGAAGAUCCUUUAAAAAUGCCACCAAUAGUUGAAUUUACAUCGGAAGUAACGCGAGAAAAGGAAUGGGAUAAUAUAGUUGCCGUACAUUUAGGACUUAGUGUAACAACCACAUGGUCUUACGAUAAAUUAAAAAUGGGCGACUUGAAAUUGAUACCAGAACGAUUUCAACGUAAAAAUAAAGAUUUAGACUUGGAGGUCUCAGCCACAAGUAUAUGUUUAAGUCAUUGUGGUAAUUUUACAAUUAUUGGAUAUAGUACUGGACAUGUGGAUCGAUUUAACGUACAAAGUGGGAUACAUCGUGCAACUUACGGAAAUCCAACUGCACAUAAAGGAGCCGUUCGAGGAGUUGCAAUUGAUGUUCUAAAUAAAAUAGUUGUUACAGGAGGUGCAGAUGAAAAAAUACAUUUUUGGAAUUUUAAAAAUGAUACGGAUAAAGUUAAAACGACUAUUCAUCUAGGUGAAUCAGUAUCAUUCUUUCGAGCAGGGCUUGGUGAUAGUUCUUUAAUAGCCAUAGCCAUGGAUGAUUGUAGUUGUGCAAUUUUGGAUAUUGAUUCUAGAGUUAUUGUGAGAAAACUUGGUCGUCAUGAAGGUCAAAUUAAUGAUAUUACUUUUAGCCCAGACGCGCGGUGGUUGGUGACCACGGGUAUGGAUUGUGUUACAAAAACUUGGGAUAUUCCAUCGUCACAAUUGAUUGAUCAGUUUAAGCUGGAAGCGGCAUGUACUUCAUUGAACUUUUCACCAACUGGCGAAUUCUUAGCAACCAGUCUUGUAGACUACUUGGGAAUAUUCCUCUGGGCAAAUCGAACUCUAUAUGCACAUGUUUCGUUAAGGCCGCUUUCGGAGUCAUUAGAAGCACCAUUAAUGAUAUUACCUAGUGUAGCCAAGGAUACUACAAACGAAGAAGACGAAAGUGAUGAAGAAAUUGACGAUAGCGACGAAUACAAAUCCCCAGACCAACUAUCUACAGAAUUGUUAACAUUAUCCGGAUUUGCAUCUUCCAGAUGGCAAAAUUUAUUAAAUAUUGAUAUAAUUAAACAACGUAACAAACCACGUGCCCCACCAAAAAAACCAAAAGCAGCACCAUUUUUCUUACCUACAAUUCCAUCGUUAAAUAUACAAUUUGAUCUAUCCGAUGCAAAACAAAAUGAUUCCACAAAAUUAUUAACACCAAUUGAUUUUGUUAAUUUAUCAGUAUUUGGGAAAAUCUUACAAAAAACAGAAGAAACAAAUAAUUUUAACGAGGCUAUAGAAAAGAUUAAAUCAUUUGGUCCGCAAAUGAUUGAUUUUGAAAUAAAAAAUUUAGCUCCAGAAAAUGGAGGAUCAAUUCAAGUGAUGUUACAACUUUUUAAAAUGAUUGAAACGAUGUUAAAUUCGAAUAAAGACUAUGAAUUAGCUCAAUCAUAUUUAAGUAUAUUUUUGAAAACACAUGGGUCAUUAAUUGCCCAUGAAUCGACGUUGAGUGAAUAUAUACCAAAUAUACAGCAUGCUCAAUCUGUGGGUUGGAAUAAAUUACAAGAAACAUUAAUGUAUGGUUUGUGCAUUGUUGAUUUGUUAAGAAAUACAUAGAUUUUUUAUUUUUGCCGUA